CUUUAUUAGUUAACAUCGUUGCAUUUUUGCCAAAGUAACGUAAGUGACAUUUUUGGUGAAAAUCAUGUUUUUCCAUUAACGUAAGGCUUUUAUUGUUGAGAAGGUACUGCCAAAGUGUAGGAAGCCUAGAUUUUACUUUAAACCUUUAUUUUUAACUUUUUUGAAAACGUAUGUCCAGAAUUUUUUAAAUCAUACCCAAGCUAACGUUUUUUACCGCCAUAAUAACGUAAGUCCCGGUCGGUUUCUGCGACUUACGUUAGAUUUUCGCAGUCAGUGUUUGGCUUACGACAGUGUUAGGUUCGUGCUACCAUCGAAUAAUUAUUGAUUUUAGAUUAUGUCUAUAGUCAUUUCACGAACAAAAAGGAUUUUGGCGGCUCUUAGCCAAAAUGAUGAAUCGAAUAAUGUUUAUUCUGAGGAAGAAAUCGGGCCUAUGCCGAUAUCCAUUAUUUCAAGUGACAAUAUUUUUGAUUUAGAUAAUUCCGAAAAUAUUUUAAAAACUACUUUAAUGAGUUAGCAGAAACUGAUGCAGAGGAUGACAAUGAAGAUGAAAGCUCCAAAACUUAAAAAAUACAUAUUUUUUACUAGUAAGAACUCCAUAUUUUCUUUUGUAACGUUAUUUUGUGUUUUUUUUUUUAAUAA